ACAUUUUAUAAGUAGGCAAAUUUUCGAAGCAUAUAUCAAAUGGUCCCUAAUUUAAUUAUUGGGUAAAGUUCCCAUAUCCCUUGUUAGCAUAGCUAUAAAAUUCCAAGUGGGGAGGGAGGUUCUCUUAGGGACGUACGUCGUCGUCUAAAAAUACUUAGCUUUGAUCCUGCUGUACGCAAGGGAGUGUCUUUUGGCAUGUAAAGUGCAUGAAAAUACACAAAAAGAAGCAAAAGAUGAGUGUCAUAUUGGCAAACUAACCAGUAUAAAGCAAAGGGGCUCCCGUUCGAGAAAGUGCAUGCAACAGAUAGUCGCUUCUACCUAUAAAGUUAUCAACCCAUGAAGUGAAAUUAAACUACGCUAAAAAAAAUUUAACCAAAAAAAUAUCUUGCCUUAACUCAUCUUCCCUACUCUUCAUCUUUUAUUCUUUCCUUCCUACAAUUUCUUUCCCUCAUAGGUAUUUGUCAGCACAUCACAGUUAUCGUUAACAAUUUUCUGAGUUGUUUCUUAUUCAUAUCUAUCUAUGUCCUAGAAGUAGUACAAGAAGCUUCUUCUGUAAAUUCCUAGAGAGAGAUAUUUUUUUAUAUAUCUGCUACAGGAAUAAAGCUAACUAGGGAAAUCCAAAAUAAAUAUGGGCAGUAGUUCUUUUUUCUUUAGGGCCUUGCUUGGAGCAGUUGCGGUGGCUGGUUUUAUCUUGCUUUUGUUGAUUGGGAGCCUGGAAAGUGGAGGAAACAAAGCCAUAACUACAUUAUCGACUCCGUCCGCAGGAAAUCCAGAGCCUGUGGAUUAUUCAGGAAGAGAGAAGUCGAUUGACCGUCAGGAGUUGGAUCUCAACUACAUGAGCAAAAGAAGAGUACCCAACGGACCAGAUCCUAUUCAUAACAGGAGAGCUGGGAACUCUAGAAGACCUCCUGGGCAAUCGUAAGUGAAUAAGCUUGACAAAGCUUUACCAAAAAAGUUUGAGAAGAUGGCACAAGAUGUGUUCCGUCUUGGUGUAAUUCUUGCAAAUAUAAAGGGGAAUUUAAGUACUGGUGAAUAUACCUUGAGAACCGCAGAAUGAGUGCAAAUCUUGUUAGGCAUUAGCUGGGUGAAGAAAUAGAAGUUAUUGUGAUUUUACACAUAAAUUAAUACGUACGCUUGCAAAGAAUCCAGCAGUUGAGCAGCCUGCUAUAAACCCUAGUGUUUUAACAGAUUUUUUUUUUUAUUGAUUGAAGAUUUGUGUGAUGAGUUUGUGUAGAGAAAGAAAAAGAGAGAUUGAUUAUGAAGAGAGAUAACUAUCUGCAUGUAAAUUAGCAUGAAAAGAAAAGUUGAUGUUCCAGAACAGCAGCAGGCAACAGCCAUGCAUGAAUGUACCAGUCAUCUCUAUCUAUCAAUCAAAUAUUAUUCGACUUUGGCUUUGGUA